AUGAACUUCAAUUCUUCGGAAGUUGACAACUCGGAAAGUAGGAGAAAUGGAAGCCACAUGCCUCUUGCGAUCGCGGAAUUUUCGUUUGCAUUCCCGCGAGAAGCUACGUCUGUUGGCAGUUUUUGGGAGAUGAUUUGCGAAGGUAGAACAGCAAGCUCGGAUUUCCCCCCUGAUCGCAUGAAUAUACAAGGAUAUUAUCAUCCAGACGAUAAUCGAACAAGUACGAUACCGCUCCGAGGAGGAAAUUUUCUAGAAGAAGAUUUAGGAGUGUUCGAUGCACCCUUUUUCUCCAUAACGCCAGCGGAAGCAGCAUGUAUGGAUCCACAGCAUCCCGGUAUUACACUGCACAAAUGCUCGGGCUCAGAUACAUCGGUAUACACGGGAUGCUUCACAAACGACUAUCUGAGUAUUCUUGAAAAGGAUUUUGAGGCGGAGCAGAAACACGCUGCUAUGGGUGUUACACCAUCGAUGUUGGCCAACCGACUUAGUUGGUUCUUCAAUUUCAAGGGAACAUCCAUGAACUUGGAUUCGGCAUGUUCAAGUAGUCUGAUCGCAUUACAUCUUGCAUGUCAGGAUCUCCGCGCUGGGACAUCAUCAAUGGCUCUGGUAGGGGGCGCCAACCUUGUUUACCACCCCGAUUUCAUGAAAAUGAUGUCAAAUGGCAAUUUUCUCUCUCCAGAUAGUCAGUCCUGGAGUUUUGAUGAUCGUGCAAACGGAUACUCACGUGGAGAGGGCAUUGCUGUGAUUGUCGUCAAGAGACUUUCCGAUGCCCUACGCGAUGGAGACACUAUCAGAACUAUCAUAAGACAAACAGCUACAAACCAAGAUGGUAGAACGUCGGGAAUAACUCUCCCAAGUCAGCAAAGCCAAAUUGAGCUUAUAGAACGAAGUUAUAAGGAUGCGAACCUUGAUAUGGAGCCUACGAGGUUCUUCGAGGCUCACGGUACCGGGACCAAAGCCGGAGACCCUGUUGAAGCAAAUGCUAUCGGCAAAGCAUUCCGACACUGUCGUAGCAAGGAAGAUCCACUUUAUAUUGGAGCCGUCAAAGCUAACAUAGGUCAUUUAGAAGGUUGUAGCGGCCUUGCAGGUGUCAUAAAAGCAUUAUUGGUACUUGAAAAAGGAAUAAUUCCACCGAUAGCCACAUUUCAAUCAGUGAAUAAGCAGAUAGACGCAGAGUCUCUACAUAUCUGUUUCCCUAGGACACAAUUACAAUGGCCUACGUCUACUCUACGUCGAGCUUGUGUGAACUCAUUUGGUUUCGGAGGCACAAAUGCACUUGUUAUACUUGACGAUGUAUACCACUACCUGAACGCGAAUGGCCUGCAUGGUUGUCAUCAAACUCUGGAGUCAACACCCACGACACUGGGAGUGGUCCGAGGCGAGGUCAAUGGUCACAAGCGCAUCAAGUACAGCCAAGAAUUGGUACUACCGAGCAACGGCAAUAGAUCCGGUAGUGACAUGGCUAGGAGGAUGUCCGACCUUUAUAGUAAUUUCAUUCGCGAGGAAAACCCAUGUAUAGACGAUCUGGCUCAUACACAAGCAGUUAGACGGAACCAUUUCCAAUGGAGGAGCUUUAUCGUCACAAGACAGCACGAUAGCACUAAGUUUGAAGCACUCGAGCCAAUAAAGCCAAUAAGAGCAAAUAAAGAACAGCGUAUUGCAUUUAUCUUUACUGGACAGGGAGCUCAGUACCUCGGUAUGGGUAGAGAACUCAUUUCUUUCCAGACUUUCAAAGACAGCCUCAAGGACUCCGAUAGAUGUUUGAAUAGUCUUGGCUGCACAUGGUCUAUUCAGGAAAAGAUUGAAGAAUCUCACCAUAAUUUUCCUAUUGAUAAUCCGGAAUAUAGCCAGCCGCUGACUACCUGUCUCCAAAUUGCCCUUGUAGACCUACUAAAGAGCUUUGGAAUCAUACCAUCUAGUGUUAUUGGCCACUCUUCCGGGGAGAUUGCUGCGGCUUAUGCCGCUGGUGCACUGUCCCGGUCAUCUGCUGUCAAAGUAUCGUAUUUUAGAGGAAUGGUAUCUUCUAAGCUUGCGACUUCAAGAGACGAUAUGGGAAUGAUGGCCGUAGCACUUUCAAAAAGCGCAGUACUUGCUUAUCUGGACAGAUUGAGAGAAGUCGAAGGUUUCGUUCAUGUCAAUAUUGCCUGUGUUAACAGCCCCAAAAGUAUCACCCUGAGUGGAGAUAGUACACAACUAAAAGCACUCUGUCAAUGGCUCACAAAAGAUUCAAUAUUUGCUAGAAAACUUCGUGUUUCCGUGGCUUAUCACUCAGAAUAUAUGAAGACCAUCUCUAGCGAGUAUUACGACGUGCUAGGACCCCUCGAAAAGGGACGGAACUCGAAAUUCAUUCCCAUGCUAUCCACAGUAACGCAAGAUAUAGUGACUAUUGAGCAUCUUCGUGACCCCACUUAUUGGGUCCAGAACAUGAAUUCCCCCGUCAACUUCGAAGGCGCAGUUUCAAAACUUUUGGGACAGAGCUCACAGAAACAACGCAAGGUUUUAGGUGGAGAGAAUGCAGACAAAAACUUUUGCUUCACUCAGAUUGUCGAAAUUGGCCCGCACAAUACGCUCCAGGGACCUGUGCGCGACAUCAUUUCGAAUAUUGAAACACAAAAAGCAAAGCCUUCAUACGUGCCCUGUCUCUUUCGAGGCCAGGAUGCGUCCGUAACCCUAUUGUGCGCUGUAGGGAUGCUGCAAAGCUCUGGGUAUCCGGUCAAUUUGGUCGCAGUUAACAACAGCGAAGCGACAGACAGAAAGUGUCGUAUGCCAUCGAAUAUGCCAAAAUAUCCUUUCAAUCACAAAAGUUCGUACUGGAAAGAAGGUCGACUAAGUAAGAACUUUCGAUUUCCUUCUUUUGCCCGAGACGACCUUCUUGGAACACGCAACCUGGACUGGAACCCUAAGAUGGCCCAAUGGCGAAAUGUUAUGCGACUCUCUGAAGUGCCAUGGCUAGAAGACCACCAAGUACAAGGGGAAAUUUUGUUUCCAGCCGCAGGUAUGGUGGUCAUGGCAAUAGAAGGGCUUAAGCAGUUAUUCGACCAGACGGCUUACCUUCAAGGAGUCCAGAUAAAAGAUAUACACUUUCUUCAUCCUAUUGCGUUUCCAAGAGAAAGUGAUAAGGUCGAAACUCAGCUGAAUAUAUUGACAGAGACAUCUUCUAUCAGUAACUCUUCUUCUUGGUCUUACUUUCGUCUUUUUGUGAUAGAGAGUGACAAAUAUAUGGAAUGCUGCAGCGGCUACAUUCGGCCUGUUUUGGAUGAAAAGAACCGGAGAUACGCUACGAGUGGUCUAUCUUUUCUAGAUGGUGAAUCGCUCCCAGAAUGGCUGUCGAAUACUUUUGAUGCUUGUCGAGAACAGGCAGAUCCUUACUCGGUAGAAACUACCGUAAAAUAUGGGCCAUGCUUCCAAAACUUGAGCAAUGUGUAUCUUGGUCCUAAAGGAGAGGCAAUGGUGGAGAUAAAUACUAGAUCGUGGGCAUCAAAGAGUGCCAAUUCGUUCCACCAAGCCUAUGCUGUACAUCCAUCUACAAUUGAUGGAUUAGCACAACUAAUGGCGCCGACAAUUGCCAAGGGCUAUAAUGUUAAACAAACAAUGGUACCUGUUCAUGUCUCCAACAUAUGGAUCGAUUUUAUGGGCUUUCAAUCACUUGAGGGAGCGAAGAUUCACGGGGCUGCGCGAUGUAAACUACGUGGGUACCGCGGGGCAACUGGAAAUGUUGUUGCGACCCCUAUAGCUUCUUCCACUCCCCUUAUAGUUCUCGAGGGGCUUGAUACUAGCUUCAUCACGGCUGCUAGUCCCCCGAAUAUCAAGCACUUUCAACCGCGCAGCCUUUGCACACAACUAGUCUGGAAACCAGAUAUUGACAUGAUGAGCAACCAACAGAUAAUUCAUUGGUGUACUAUCAACAGACCAACAGGGGCGAUAGAAGAGCUAUACAAAUACGAGCGCUUGAAUAAUUUCAUCCUGUUAUUCAUACUUGAAGCCCUCGAUAUUAUGGAUCAUUCAUCCUCGUCAGCAGUUCCACAUCUAGAAAUGUAUCUCGAAUGGAUGAAGUACCAACGCGAUCGUCUCAGCAAUGACGACCUACAAGCAACUUUGGAACUGCUUCAAGAUAGUGAUAGACGCAAUCAGCUCACUGUGCAAGUCGGAAACUCUAGAGUUGAGGGAGUUUUCUUCCUGCAAAUUGGACAGGUACUUUCGAAAGUACUUCGUGGGGAAGUGGAUCCUCUCAAUGUAAUAUUCAAUGACGGUCUAGCCGAUCGUUACUAUGAGGAGAUGCUUUCAAAUGAUUAUUAUACUCAUCCGUCAUCAGCCUUUGUUGAACUACUUUGUUUCAAAAACCCUUCAAUGAAGAUCUUAGAAGUAGGUGCGGGAACCGGGGGUCAAACUUUGCCUAUACUCAAGGCGAUGACUUCAGACAAAACAAAAAUGUGGUCUCGGUAUGAUUACACUGAUAUAUCACCAGCGUUCUUUGGCCAGGCAAGAAUCAAGUUUCAUGAGUAUAUUGAUCAGAUGGAGUUCCGCGUGUGUGAUAUAUCCAAGGAUCCCGCUUCGCAAUCAUUCGAAACAGAAAGCUAUGAUCUUGUGAUUGCAUCACAUGUACUUCAUGCCACAAAUGAUCUCGAUCAGACACUGCGUAAUAUUAGAAAACUUCUUAAGCCUUCAGGGACGCUUCUACUGUUUGAAACUACUCGACCGGAAGUCCUUCAUAUUGGAUUUGCAUUUGGUCUGCUAAAAGGUUGGUGGAGUCCACUUUCUCUCGAAUCUCGAUCCCAAUGCAGCCCAUGCUUGACAACAGAGCAAUGGGACAGUCGUUUGAAAAGAGCAGGCUUCUGUGGUGCUGAAGUAGCAAUCCCAAACCAGGAAAAUCUACAAUGUCAAUAUAGUAGCACCAUUAUCUCCAAAAAGGCCGAGUCUGGUGUUCAACAACAACCAAUUUCCGUGGACGUGGACAUUGCGAUUGUAGUGGAUACUCAGGUACCAGGCCAGUUGGAUAUCGCGAGACUAUUAGAGGUUCAGUAUGCUAGAUGUGAAAUCUACACGUUAGCUGAAUGUGCUGCAGCUGAUAUACCUGCCUCGGCUCUAAACUUAUUUCUAGUCGAGCUAGAUGCAAUAUUCCUUGAUGAUAUCAGCGAAACAGACUAUUGGCAUCUACACGGAAUUUUGAAUAACUCAUCGAAGACAUUAUGGGUCACUAGAAGCCCGUCUGACUGUUUUGAGCCACGACAUCACUUGGUGGAGGGUUUAGUUCGGACAUUGGCCUCUGAGAGCUUUACGCGUAAAUUUGUUACACUUUCCUUGGACAGCAAAUUUGACUACGAGGCAUCACGUAUCGCGAGUCUUACUUCUGAUAUCAUUACUCAAAUCACUAAUUCUGCAGUUGUGGACCUGGAAAACAAUUAUGUGAGUAAGAAUGGAGCACUGCAGAUCGGUCGUGUUCGUGAAUACAGAUCUAUGAAUGAUAAAAUCGCGCGCCAAACUCUACCACGCCAUAUGAAGCAACUUAAUCUUGAGACCGACACACGAAUCUCACUGGACUUGGAGUCUCCAGGUCGACUAGACACACUACAGUGGAUUUCUAAUGGGAACGAAUCAGCUUCAAAGCCGCUAGACCAGGAUGAGGUUUUGGUUCAGUUAAGGGCUCUAGGGUUAACUCUACGAGAUUAUCUACUUGUCAGUGGCCAGAUCAACGAUUCAGGGUUUGUAACAGAAUGUGCCGGAGUAGUUCUAAAAGCAGGCGAAAAAUCUGGUCUUUAUCCUGGAGAUCGUGUGUGUGCCAUUGGCAAAUCGUUAGGUUGCUCAGUGCUGCGCUUAAAAAAGGGAGCUGUUGCAAAGUUGCCGGAACAAACGAGCUUUGCAGAAGGUGCUGCGAUACCUACUUCACUUUGGCUAGCUUAUCACGGCUUGGUUGAAAUAGCAAGAGUACAGAAAGGAGAAUCGGUGCUGGUCAUCCAAGCUUCGAGCAGUUUGGGGCAAAUGGUACUUCAAAUAGCCAAAAGCCUAGGUGCAGAGCCGCUCGCCAUGGCUAGUUCGUCUUCACAGAAGAUUCUCCUUGAAAGUUUUGAUCUCCCAGAGACGAAAGUUCUCUGCGAUGAUGACUCGAGCAUCUCUCUCAAAGAUAGCAUAUAUCGAGCUACCCAUGGAAAGGGCGUCGAUAUCAUCAUAGGACCAAUCACAGAGGAUCUAGAUGUAGAUUAUUCUGACCUCAUCGCACCAUUCGGCAGACUCAUAGAUACUGGGAUCAAGGGUGAGCGGCGAUCACUUGUAAAGCCAUACAGACAUACGAUUACCAAUUCAUUACAGGCAUCAAUAGACCUGAUUGACCUUCUCAAUAAGAACCCAGAUUUAGUCUAUGAUUCAUACAGAAAAGCGACAGACUUCUGUUCCGAGCAACAUCUGAAGCCACCGCAGCCACUCCAAAUAUUUCAGGCUCACGAGAUUGAAGAUGCUUUUAGACACUUUGAAAGCAGCAGUACGACUGGAAAAAGAGUUGUCCAACUACAGCCGGGUUCUGUUAUACAAGUGAAUGUUGAGACAAAACCAGAGUAUCAAUUUCCAGCGAACGCAACAUAUGUCAUAGCAGGAGGACUGGGAGGGCUCGGUAGGAGUUCUGCGAGAUGGAUGGUUAAACGAGGUGCUCGCAAUAUGAUCCUCCUCUCACGCUCAGCUACCCCUCUCGUUGAUGUUGGCGAUUUGAAUAGUCUAAGAAGGGUGCUGAAGCAAGUCUCAAAAGAAAUGCCACCAAUUCGAGGCUGCAUCCAAGCAACUGUGGCAUUAAGGGAUAAUUUGUUCGAAAAGAUGUCGUAUGAGGACUGGGAUAUCAGUACACGCUCGAAAGUGACAGCGUCAUGGAAUCUCCACAAAGUGCUACCUUUAGACCUCGACUUUUUUGUGCUAUUUUCUUCCAUCAACGGCAUUUUCGGUGGUCGCGCACAGGCAAAUUAUGCUGCGGGUAACACCUUUAAAGAUGCGCUCGCUCAUUACAGAGUGGCGCUGGGGCAGAAAGCAGUGUCAAUCGAUCUAGGGAUGAUGGUGGAUGAGGGUGUAGUAGCAGAGAAUGAGUCUGUGCUUAAUUUCAUGCGCCGCAUCGGCCACUUGAUGGACAUUCAGGAGGAGGAGCUUCUCGGAUUGUUAGACCACUACUGUGAUCCCAAACUACCUCUUUUAUCUGCCGAUCAGACCCAGAUCUUAGUAGGUAUCGAAAUGCCCUCGGCAGUUCUGGCGAAAGGUAUUGAUCUCCAUCACUCCAUAUUCCGACCAAUGUUCCGCCAAUUAUUCCGAGUUGUUCCAGAAGGCUUGAAUGAAAAAGGGCAAUCGCAGAAUGGCGCCAUUGCAAUUCUCGAUCGCGAAGGUCUCUUGAGAAAGGCAGCAUCACUCCAAGAUGCAAUCACUUUGGUCGCCGAGUGGUUCUCAGGAAAGAUUGGUCAAAUCCUAGGACUGACUGUCUCAGAUAUUGACACGAAUAAACCAAUCCAUACUUAUGGCAUCGACUCGCUAAUUGCGAUUGACUUGAAAAACUGGCUAGCAAAGGAGAUAGGUGCAGAUAUUGCAGUAUUCAUGUUGCUGGGCAAUAAUUCAAUCGAGGAUCUGAGCAGAAUGGCAGCCGAGAAAAGCCGGUAUCGCACAUGA